AUGAACUUCCCAGCAGCGAUUGUUGCCUGCGUCCUCGUCGCUGCUGCAGUUGUUGUUGCUGCAGCUGAUGCGCGGACCGCACCCCGCAACAGCUCCAGCCAACCCAACAUUGUCUUCAUUGUCAUUGAUGACCUCGGCUUUGAUGAUGUUGGCUUCAAGUCCCAUCAAAUCAAAACGCCCAACAUUGAUCAGGCCUCCAUCUUGAGCGGCCGCUAUGCCAUGCACCACGGCAUCGUCAACUGGAUUCCACCAAAAGACAGCUACGGCCUGCCUCUUAACCACACAACGCUCCCUCAGCUCCUCAAGAACGGCGGCUACGACACCCACGCCAUCGGAAAGUGGCACCUUGGGUUCUACAAAUGGGACUACACCCCAACUUUCCGCGGCUUCAACUCCUUCCUUGGGUACUACUCGGGUGGCGAAAACUAUUUUACCCACAAGAACGGCCCCGCAUAUGACAUGCACCGCGAUCCCCUUCCAAGCUGUGGGCAAAACUGCAGCCAAAUUGCAUUUGACUUGCAGGGCCAGUACUCGACCACCAUCUUCUCCGACGAGGCCGUGCGCGUCAUUGACGACCAUAUUGGACCAAAGCCGCUCUUCCUCUACCUCGCCUACCAGGCCGUCCACGAACCCGCACAGGCACCCCAGAGUUACAUCGAUCCAUACACAGAUCUCAUCCCAGACGCACAGCGCCGCACCUUUGCAGGAAUGCUGAGCUGUCUUGACGAAGGCAUCGGCAACGUCACGCGCGCCCUCAAGCGGAAUGGGUUCUACAACAACACGCUCAUCGUCUUCACGACCGACAACGGCGGUCCCAUUCUUGGCGGUGAUUCUGUUGGUGCCCGCAAUUACCCCAUGAGAGGUGGCAAGCACGCCGUCUACGAAGGAGGCGUGCGCGGCAUUGCAUUUGUUCAUCCUCCGCAAAACACGUUUGUUGAGACGGGUGCCGGGUAUCACAACCUCAUGCACGCCGCAGACUGGUUGCCGACGCUGUGCGAUGCUGCUGGGGUCGAGUGCCACACGCAGCAGUCGCUUGACGGCGUGUCGCAUUGGGACGCCAUGACCACCAACACCAACAGCACGCUGCGCGGUGAUGUUGUCCUCGGUAAUGCAACAGACCUGUGCGACGCCACCAACUGUGGUUUUGCGUAUCGCAAGGGCGACUGGAAGUUCAUUCGCGGUACGGGCGGCAUGCCCUUCAGCUGGUCCACACCCAUGAACCAGUCAGGAGGCAAUUGCAACCUUGCGUACGGCCAGUGUGUGGAUGGCGCUAGUCUGGGUCGUGUUACCGCCGCCACCGCCGCAGACUGCUGCUACACAUGCACCAACACAACCAAGUGCACCUACUCCACCUUCCUAGCGAAUCAGACCAGCAACAACUGCCUCCUGUUUGCGUCCUCCACUGCCAGCACCCUCGACACCAACUGCAUUUCGGGCGCGCAUGAUCCAAAACAGGUGCCGUACACAACGCUGAAUCCGCUCGGAUACCAGCUCUUCAACAUCGCCCAGGAUCCAAACGAGCACACGGACGUUGCUUCGUCGCAUGCAGACGUGGCCAAGCAGAUGAACAGCGAGCUUGACUCCAUCUUGCAAUCCUACGUGCAGGCGCAAAACGACCCCAACUGCCCUUUCCCGACGAGCGGGUGGCCGCAGACGCGAUAUGGACCUGUGAUGGUGCCGUGGUGUUAA